AUGUAUCCCAACGAGAAACCCGAGUCCGUCACUCCUUCAGACUCGGACAACAUGAAGAAAGAAGAAACCUCGGAUCUUUUCAAUACUACGUCCUAUGGGAACGGCGUCUCGGACCAUGUCGAGGCUGGUCACGACGCGGUCUUUGGCGACGUGGCCGAGGGCGAUACCAAUUAUCGUGAUGUCGGCUGGAUCGGGACCGUAGCCCUUUUGAUGAAGACCAUGAUUGGUCUCGGCGUCCUAUCAAUUCCCUCCGCAUUCGAUACGUUAGGUCUCAUCCCCGGUGUCAUCUGCCUUUUGGUCAUCGCCGGUAUAACAACAUGGUCCGACUACAUUGUCGGUGUUUUCAAGAUUCGACAUCCCGAAAUAUACAGCAUUGGUGACGUUGGCGGGUUACUGUUUGGCCGUUUCGGGCGUGAAUUGAUGGGUGGCGCAUUCUGCCUGUAUUUCAUCUUUGUUGCGGGUUCCGGCAUUUUGAGUCUCUCCAUCGGCCUCAACGCCGUCUCGACGCAUGGAGCUUGCACGGCCAUCUUCGUCGCUGUUGCGGCCGUUGUUGGAGGCUCACUCGCCAGUAUUCAGACUCUAGGAAAGAUUAGCUGGAUUGCUUGGGUCGGCUUGACUUGUAUCCUCACCUCUAUCCUCGCCGUCACCAUUGCCGUUGGCAUCCAAGAACGGCCAGCAGCAGCGCCUCAGACCGGCCAUUGGGAGUCCGACUAUCAGCUCUUCAAGAGUCCUUCCUUCACCGAAGCUAUUACUGCCGUAUCAUCCCUAAUCUUCGCCUACGCGGGCACACCCGCCUUCUUUUCCAUCGUUGCCGAAAUGCGAGACCCAAGACUUUACAACCGGUCAUUAAUGGUCUGUCAGUCUAGCGUCACAGCCUUUUACAUCACAAUCGGCGUCGUAGUUUACUACUUCUGUGGUUCCUAUGUUGCCUCGCCGGCACUUGGGUCUGCGGGCGUGUUGAUGAAGAAGGUCUGCUACGGUCUCGCUCUGCCCGGCCUUUUUGCUACUACUAUUAUUGUUAUUCACUUACCCGCAAAGUACAUCUUCAUCCGCGUGCUCCGAGGCUCCCAUCAUCUUACGGCAAACACCUUCGUCCACUGGGGAACCUGGUUGGGCUGCACUUUCAGCAUAACCAUUAUUGCCUAUCUUAUUGCCAGCGGCAUCCCAGUAUUCGGCGGCCUUGUAUCCCUUAUCGGUGCUUUACUGGGAACACUCAUGUGUUUCCAGCCCUACGGGUGUAUGUGGCUCUAUGAUAACUGGAGCGAGGGCAAGCGGGAGAGAUCAUGGAAGUGGAUGGCGAUGGUCGCUUUCAGCGGGUUUGUUAUCGUUUCCGGCACGUUCAUGAUGAUUGCCGGGACUUAUGGGUCGAUUGUCGGCAUCAUCGACUCGUACAAGGUGUCCGGGGGCUCUGCGGCCUGGACUUGUGCAGACAACUCCAACUCUGUUUGA